AUGGUAACUUGAUUCUUAAAAUGUUAUUCGUUUCACAUGAAUUUCGCAUUCACGUUGUAUAUUAUUUUUUUAUUCAUACUCCUCUCUGUAAUCCACGUGUUCAGGUGAAGUUUACAGCAGAAGAGCUUCGCAGGAUCAUGGACAUGAAACAUAAUAUCAGAAAUAUGUCUGUGAUUGCUCAUGUCGACCAUGGUAUUGACCUCUUUAACUUUUAAGUGGUCAUAAACCUAUUUGUGUAUUUUCAGCAGCUCCGUUUUCAUUUUUAUAUCAUGUGCCUGUGGACACACCAAAUAGGCUUGCCGUUUCUCUUUUAUGGAUUAGGGAUCUUGAUUUUCAGUGUUGGCAUUUGGUUAGAAGGCAAAUGGAUGAAGGGAGAUUGAUUAUUAGACCGUUCUUGAGGAACCAAAACACAAUGAGGGAUGACUCCGUCUUUUUUUCCAUUGUUACAGGCAAGUCUACUCUCACUGAUUCUCUUGUGGCGGCUGCUGGGAUUAUUGCUCAAGAAGUUGCUGGAGAUGUGCGAAUGACUGAUACUCGCCAGGACGAGGCGGAACGUGGUAUCACCAUUAAGUCCACUGGCAUAUCUUUGUAUUACGAGAUGUCCGAUGCAUCUUUGAAGAGCUUCACGGGUGAAAGAGCAGGGAAUGAGUAUCUCAUCAAUCUUAUUGAUUCCCCUGGGCACGUCGAUUUUUCUUCUGAGGUCACAGCUGCUCUUCGGAUCACUGAUGGUGCUCUUGUUGUGGUUGACUGCAUCGAGGGAGUGUGUGUCCAGACUGAGACAGUUCUUCGACAGGCACUUGGAGAAAGGAUUAGGCCUGUGUUGACUGUCAACAAAAUGGAUCGAUGCUUCCUUGAGCUUCAGGUUGAAGGUGAAGAGGCCUAUCAAACUUUCCAGCGUGUCAUUGAGAAUGCUAAUGUUAUUAUGGCUACCUACGAGGAUCCCCUUCUUGGGGAUGUGCAAGUUUACCCAGAGAAGGGAACCGUUGCCUUUUCUGCUGGUUUGCACGGGUGGGCCUUCACACUGACAAACUUCGCAAAGAUGUAUGCCUCGAAAUUUGGUGUUGAUGAGCAUAAGAUGAUGGAGAGGCUUUGGGGAGAAAACUACUUCGAUCCGGCCACCAAAAAGUGGACCUCCAAGAACACAGGUUCUCCAACUUGCAAGAGGGGAUUUGUUCAGUUCUGUUAUGAACCCAUUAAGCAGAUUAUCAACAUUUGCAUGACUGAUCAGAAGGAUAAGUUGUGGCCUAUGCUUCAGAAGCUCAGAGUGACCAUGAAAUCUGAUGAGAAGGAUCUGGCAGGCAAGGCAUUGAUGAAGCGUGUCAUGCAGACCUGGCUACCUGCCAGUGACGCCUUGCUUGAGAUGAUGAUCUUCCAUCUUCCUUCUCCUGCAAAGGCUCAGAGGUACCGUGUGGAGAACCUGUAUGAGGGUCCGCUGGAUGAUAUCUAUGCAAAUGCUAUCAGGAACUGCGAUCCGGAGGGGCCUUUAAUGCUUUAUGUGUCAAAAAUGAUUCCUGCUUCUGACAAAGGUAGAUUCUUCGCCUUUGGUAGAGUUUUCUCCGGGAAGGUUGCGACUGGCAUGAAGGUCAGAAUCAUGGGCCCGAACUACGUUCCUGGCCAGAAGAAAGAUCUGUACGUGAAGAGUGUGCAGAGAACGGUCAUCUGGAUGGGCAAGAGGCAAGAAUCAGUCGAGGACGUGCCUUGUGGAAACACUGUUGCGAUGGUUGGCCUGGAUCAAUUCAUCACCAAAAACGCUACCUUGACCAACGAGAAGGAAGUCGACGCCCACCCCAUCAGAGCAAUGAAAUUUUCUGUUUCUCCAGUCGUCCGUGUUGCAGUGCAGUGCAAGGUUGCCUCCGACCUCCCCAAACUUGUGGAGGGUUUGAAGCGUCUGGCCAAGUCAGAUCCUAUGGUCGUGUGCACGAUUGAGGAAUCCGGGGAGCACAUUGUUGCGGGAGCCGGAGAGCUCCACCUUGAGAUCUGCUUGAAGGACUUGCAGGAGGACUUCAUGGGCGGUGCUGAGAUCACCGUCUCCGACCCAGUCGUGUCCUUCCGCGAGACGGUGCUGGAGAAAUCUUGCAGGACCGUCAUGAGCAAGUCCCCCAACAAGCACAACCGUCUCUACAUGGAAGCCCGCCCAAUGGAGGACGGUCUUGCCGAGGCCAUCGACGACGGCCGCAUAGGCCCGAGGGACGACCCCAAGGUUCGCUCCAAGAUCCUGUCCGAGGAGUUUGGAUGGGACAAGGACCUCGCCAAGAAGAUCUGGUGCUUCGGCCCCGAGACCACCGGCCCCAACAUGGUGGUGGACAUGUGCAAGGGAGUGCAGUACCUCAACGAAAUCAAGGACUCCGUGGUCGCCGGCUUCCAGUGGGCCUCAAAGGAGGGCGCACUGGCCGAGGAGAACAUGCGGGGGAUCUGCUUCGAGGUCUGCGACGUGGUCCUCCACGCCGACGCCAUCCACAGAGGCGGCGGGCAGGUCAUCCCCACCGCCCGAAGGGUCAUCUACGCCUCUCAGCUGACGGCCAAGCCCAGGCUGCUGGAGCCCGUCUACCUGGUGGAGAUCCAGGCGCCAGAGCAGGCCCUGGGGGGCAUCUACGGCGUGCUGAAUCAGAAGAGAGGCCACGUCUUUGAGGAGAUGCAGAGGCCGGGUACUCCCCUUUACAACAUCAAGGCCUACCUCCCCGUCAUCGAGUCCUUCGGGUUCUCCAGCACUCUACGGGCGGCCACAUCCGGGCAGGCGUUCCCCCAGUGCGUGUUCGACCACUGGGACAUGAUGUCCUCCGACCCCAUGGACAGCGGCACCCAAGCUGCCACUCUCGUGGCCGACAUAAGGAAGAGGAAGGGCCUCAAGGAGGCGAUCACCCCGCUCUCAGAGUUCGAGGACAAGCUGUGA